AUGACAAUAGCAGCAUACCAGACACUUUAUGAAUCAAGCAUAGCAUUCGGCAUGCGUAAAGCCCUUCAAUCUGAACAAGGGAAGGCAGACAUGGAACGAAUGAUUAGUGAUUUGGAACAAGAGAAGAAAGAUUUAGAAAGACAAGUAUAUGAAUUAAAAACAAAGUGUGAACAGAUUGAAAAACGUGCAGUAGAACAGAGACAAUUAGAAGAAAAGAAACAUCAAGAUGAAAUACAAUUUUUAAAACGAAAUAAUCAACAAUUAAAGGCUCAAUUGGAUGGAAUUAUGAAUCCGAAGAAAUAA